AUGCCCAAACGACCACGCCGCAUCCGCCGCCCCGCCGCAAACUCGUUCCAGCCGCUGCAGACAUUCCUCCAGAUCCUCUCGCUGCAAUGCAUCUACUACGUCACCUCGACGGCAACGAUCCUCUUCAGCGCCCUCGUCGCCGGCGUCCCCUUCGGCCUCGACCUCAUCUUCUCGGCCGAAAACCUCAGGGGCGACACGGCGAUCGGCUGGACCCUCGGCAUCCUCUGGGUGCUUUCCGCUCUGGUGAUGGUGAUUGCGCAAACGCUGAUCCACGCCCGCUCGAAGCUCGUCCUGGACUUCUCGCUCACGCUGCAUUUCCUGCACCUGGUUGUGGUCGCGCUGUAUGAUGGCGCCCUGCCCGCGUCGUGGUUCUGGUGGGGCGUGCAGGUCGUGUCGGCGAUGGUGAUGGUGGUGGUCGGGACGUGGGCGUGCACGUGGCGGGAGCUGAGGCCGAUCCCGUUUGGUGGGAAUGGCGGCGCGGGGAGGGUGGGGGUGGGGGAGGGGAGUGCUGGUGGUGGGGCGGAUGGGGGUGGGGAGUAUGAGAUGGUGCAGAUGAAGGAGGAGGAGGUGUAG